CGAAACAUUUGCAUCUUGCUUUAAUGUGUAGUGGCGGCCUUAAAGUAGGCUUGAUCAUAAAUAAUUAAAUGUAAAUAUAAUUUCAAUGAAUUGUGAUAAUGUGAUCUGUCAGUAAUUAGUAAUAUUUGCUACGAUAUCAAAUGUAAAAAGUUUUAUCCUGGUGCGUUUUUCAUUUGCUUUUCAAUAAAUGUCCGUUUUGGAGAAUCACUUUAACAUCAGUGUUGUUAUGUGUUAAACAAAAUAAAUGUACUUUAAUUGUUACUAUUUUGUUACAUGACUUUUGGUUUUUUAAUUUAUUCAUAAAGAGGGCAGUUGUAAUAUACAUAUUUUGAGGGCAGAUAAGCAAUUUUAAAGAAAAGUCGUUAGUGUCGACGUACAAAUUAUGGAGUCAGAACAUCAACCUAAACUAAGUCCAAUAAGAGCUUUUCAAGUUCUCCAUGCGAAUAACAUGGAGCCAGAAGAUACAUACACAAGCCUUUCAGAGUAUCAUGAUUAUGAACCAAGGUUAGAAUUUGAUGAUUCAGAGCUGACACAAGCCAGUGGCUUAGCUCCUUUACCACCCGAAUUGCUUGACAUUUCUGACGAUCUUCUCGAGCGAUCAGCAAGCGACGGUACUAUUGAAGAAAAUUUUGAAGAGGAACUUGGCAAAGCUCCUGAAGUAUAUGGCGAGAUUGCGAACGCUUCUCUUGAUGAUGACGCUUUCUCUGAACUUGCGGGGACAGGUUUGGUAGAGGUAGUGGGUGAUGACGAGAUCGGUCGACGUAUAAUUGUGGUGUCGGCUUGCCGUCUACCAUCGUCUAAGGAUCUACAUCCAGAUAAACUUCUAAGAUACCUCAUGUUUACUUUGGACAAAUAUGUGGAGCAGGAUUAUAGCGUUGUGUACUUCCAUUACGACCUGACCAGUAAGAACAAACCACCGCUGUCUUGGCUAUGGAAAGCUUACAAAGCUUUUGAUAGGAAAUACAAAAAAAAUCUGAAAGCACUUUAUUUGGUGCAUCCGACAAAUUUCAUACGAAUUGUCUGGCAAAUGCUCAGGCCCGCUAUAAGCGUAAAGUUUGGAAGGAAGAUUAUGUAUGUGAAUUACCUUCACGAAUUGCAACAACAUUUGAAUUUGGACAAACUUUGCAUACCAAAGCCGGUGUUAGAGUACGAUAAACUGUUGCUAGCUAAGAAUCCCAGGGCUGCAGAAGUGGCUAGGCAACAAGCCGAGAAGGUGGACGCGGCACCCGAUGUGAGUGACGCUAAGGUCGUCCAAAAUGAAAGUCUUUCUCCACCUAUUACCCAACAGUUUGGAGUGUCGUUGCAGUUUAUUAAAGAAAAUAAUACAAACAUGAUCGACUCCAUACCACCAGUCGUGAGGCAGUGCGUUGAAUUUCUUUCACAACCCGACGCCUUAGAAACGGAAGGACUGUUCCGAAGAUCGGCGAACAUAUCAGUUAUAAAAGAGUUGCAGAGGGCUUGCAAUAAGGGUGAGCCGAUAUCUUUUAGGAACGAUCCCCACAACGCCGCAGUCCUACUGAAGACCUUCCUUAGGGAUCUGGAAGAACCGCUGUUAACGUUUGACCUGCAUGAAGAAAUAUUAAAGUUUCAAACUUGGUCAAACCGUGAAAAACCUCGUCAAGUGAAAAUCCUCAUCCUAGAGAGGCUACCUCUGGACAACUACAAGCUGCUUAAAUACAUCUUUCAAUUUUUAUGGAAGGUUCAAGACAGAAGCUGCCUCAACAAAAUGACUAGCGGUAACCUAGCCGUUGUUUUCGGGCCAAAUCUUUCUUGGCCUCCUAAUGGGUAUAUGUCACUUCAAGCCAUUUCACCCAUCAACGCAUUCACCGAUUUCCUUCUUGAAAACCAGAAAUCCAUAUUUAUCAUCUAAAUUCUAUAACUGCUGCAGAUUAUCAAGUCAAUUUGGUCUGCACGAUAAUUGUUAUACGGUCUGACCUACUUUAUCUCGGCUUUAAUGUUGUUGAAUGCCAAAUACACUUUAUACGUUUUAUAAAUUUUCACCUGAGUAGUGCAAAUUUGUAUAUUUAUGUAUUUUCUUAAUUUUUCAUAAAGGAAUAUAACAAAUAAUGGAUAGUACCUACAACAACGAAUAACCAAAGCUGACAUCAAUCGAUCGGCUAGAGGGUGGGCCGCCCACACGAGCCUUCCUGUCUGGGCUAAUAAUUAAACAUUUAUGCAAUCGCUCCCGUAGCUUUAUUCGUCUCGCUUGCGUAUUUGCGUUUGAUAAGUGAUAUCGAAAAUGAACACGCUGUUUUACACUACCAAUAAUCACUUUAUAUGCUUUUCAUUUUUACACAUUUAAAAUGCACAAAAAGUGAUACCCAAAAGUCGUGUUGCCAAAAUCGUAUGUUAAUUUUAUUUAGGCUCCAUUUUCUGUUUUUUUUUUUCUCUUUGUGGUGUACAAUAAAGUAUAAAGUGAUACAGUCCUAUAUUACUUUUCUUUGCAUGUAAAAAGAGGGCGAUAUAAAGUAAUUAAAAUAUUUUACAAAUAUUAAUACUCGUAGGCGACAUUAAAAAAUAAACAAGACAAUACAUCUGAAUACAAUAUAUGAUCUUUCUCAAUUUUAUGAGAAUUUUAAUCUUUUAAAUGUAAAAAAGAUAUCGUCAAUUAUUUGAAUGAAAUCAAUUUUUAUUUUAUUUAUAUAAACAAUAGAAAUUCAUUAAUCUCUACAUGCCCUUUAAAUUACCUAACUACUAAUACUCACGUAUAGACAAUCACAAGUCUAUCUGUACUUGAGCAACGUAAAAAGAAAAAUAUUAAAAACCAUUACAUUAUUUAAAGUCCAUUUAAGAUAUCACUAGAGCAAUAUAAUUAUAAGGGAAUUUUUUGUGCUGUUCUCGUCAUUUAUAGUGCACUUGGAGAUAAAGCGAGCGAGAUGAAUGAUGACGAUAUAAUUAUUAAAAUAAAUUACAAAUCAUUUUUUGUCCUUUAGUUUAUCGGGCAUUCAUAUUAUUAAACGUUUUCAAUUUAUCUUUAAUGGACUAAUUAUUUUUAUUAUUAAAACAUGAUUCGAAUAAUAUUAAAAAAACUAUAUAACCACUGUAGCCAAGUAAAUUAAGACUUCCUAGAUAUAUUAAAACAUUAAAUUAAACAUCAGGUUAAAAUCUUUUUCCAAAUUUUGUAUUCAAUGUUUUUAUGUGUACCGUUGUUCGCUUCUGAGUGUCUCGAGGGUCUUUACUAUCAUAAUCAUUACUAUUUCGGAUAUAUUUAAGAUAUUUGUAACAAAGUAAAGGAAGGCUUAAUUUUUAUUUAAUAUAUUUAAAUUCACACUAUAGGAAGUUCACACAUAUUUUAAUGUCGGUAAAGCGUACAUUUCGCACAAGUUGUAAUGAGGUGAUGUUAGCAUUGUUGUAAUUAUUACUUUUUUAAUCCACAUAUAAUACGAAAUUGUUAUAACAUGUUAUGUUUAGUGGUUAAGUGUUUAACGAAUCUAUUUUGUAAUGUAAUUUUUAUGCUUCUAAUAUAUUUUUCAUAUAAUUAAAUAUACCAAUAACUUCAACUAAGUUUAUUCAAUAAAACGAGAGCCGGCCGUUAUCGAUUGACCGGAUUCAGGGUUUCAAUGUGAGCUCUCUGCCCGACGCAUCCUAACGCUGUGGAACAAUUCGCUCUCCGAGCUGAGUUUACAUUUAAAUAAAGAUUUUUUGUAAAAUGCCAUGUUAUAUAAUGUCGCCAUGAAAAGUACUAUUAAUAUUUAAUUUUUCAAAUACAGGUGAUUCUAAAACCGUAAGCUGACCAGUGAACUUUUGUGUUGACGAUUCAAAUACCUGAUAACGAAUGCCAUACUUAAUUAUUAAACAACAAUCAUACGUCAACGAAGUUUUUGAGCUAAACGUUUAUAUAUAAAUUUUUAAUAAAUUUCGGAUGUACAUUUUAUUUUAUCUGAUUUUAACAAAACUAUAUAUAUAUUAUAUAUUGUUGCAUUAAUAUUAGAAUGCGUAUUUUAAACGAUAAUAUAUAAUAUUGUCAUAUAUUUACAAACUUACCUAUAAACUUUUGAUGUGUAUAUAAAUCAUAAUUUUUACAUUUAUUGCGAUUUGCAGUCUCUUCAAAGGUUAAUGUAAAAAUCAAGAUUGAUUACUGCUAUUUUGAGCAAACUGAGCGUUUAAUGGACUUCAAGUAUUUACAUGUCAUUAUAAUAAAUAUCUAUAACGAGUUUUCAUUUUUUAAACUAAAUUAAGAUGUCGAUUUUAGAAUUAAUAAAAUAUAUUAGUAAAAAUAUAAAAAUGUAUACCAAAUACUCGGUUAGUCUGUCGUUACGAACACAUAUAUUCUAUAGAGACAAAAAUACGAUGUUAAUAAAUCUUUUGCUUGUAAACUGUAGAUAUAUUUAUUUAGUCUUCUAAGCAGUAUGUUAGUAACAUAUUUAUCUCAUUUUUUAUAUUAUAUAGUAAACAUUAUCUUGACUUAAUAUAAAUCUUAAAUGAAGGGGUCUAUGCUUUGGAAAUAUUCUUAGGAGUUACACUAGUGAGUUAUGAAAUGUAGUAAGGAAUUAAUGUUCAGUCCAUUAUCCAUUGAAAUUGAAAUUAUAAUCACAUUCAGAAGUAUUUGUUAAUUAAUCCUUUGAAAAAAGGAAAAAAAGUUCACAAAAGAUUUCUACCGUUUCCGAUGAUACACAUACCAAAUUAACAAUUUCUAUGCCUCGCAAAUAAAAACGCAUUUUAUCAAUUCCGCCCAAUUCAAUAAGUCACCUUUUUGAGUCCAGUUUCAAUCAAUCCGUUCCUAUAAUGCAUCAAUAUAUUGAAUGUAUAAUUUAAAAUUAAACUAAUAAUUCACAUAUAUACAGAUAAUUUAUUAAAAAUUGUUAAUAGUUUGACGUCGUCACUGAAACUUUUAUUACAAUCAAUAAUUCUUGUAUAUUUUAUCUGUCAGCAAAGGAUUUCUGUCGGCACUUAAUACGUAUUUUAUAUUUAAA